GCCAGGUCCUGAUCGGCUUCGAGUUGCCCCUUGGCUCCCAACGCAACGCGUCUCUUGGCAAGGUCCAGUGGCCGAUGGGACUGAAUGCAGUUGACAACUAGCCCGAGACUCGUCGCUUUGUGAGCGCGCUGGAGGAGAAGGCGAGAGCCGCGCGGCUCCAGCCAUGGCUGAGGGGCAGCAGGUUGCCCGCGGCGGGGACCUCUGGGAAAUCGACGUGGAGAGCCUGGAGGAGCUGGACGAGGUCGAGCUACAGCGGCAGUCACCGCAGCCCUGCCUGGGAGAGGAGGCUGAAGAGCUGGAGGAGGAGGAGGAGGAGGAGGAUGGGGAGGAAGACGGAGAUGACGACGAAGAGGAGGAAGAGGACGGGGCGGCCGGCGGGGCUCUCGGGCGACGGCAGCAGCAGCCUCCUGCUCCGCAGCCCGAGGCCCUCCCGGCGGCGGAGAGAGCGGUGGCGGUCGGGGAGCAGCAGACUCGCAAGCUGAGCCGCACGCCCAAGUGCGCGCGCUGCCGCAACCACGGCGUGGUGUCCUGCCUGAAGGGCCACAAGCGCUUCUGCCGCUGGCGGGACUGCCAGUGCGCCAACUGCCUGCUGGUGGUAGAAAGGCAGCGCGUCAUGGCCGCCCAGGUGGCGCUCCGCAGGCAGCAGGCCACCGAGGAUAAGAAAGGUCUUACAGGAAAACAGACUAACUUUGAGCGCAAGACGGUGUACCAGAGGCAUGUUCGGACACCCAGUUUGCUGGCAAAAAGCAUUUUAGAAGGUUAUCGUCCCAUUCCAGCAGAUCCCUAUCUUGGAGGGAAUUCAUCCUUGCCACCUCCUGUGAGUGACAGGAUGAGAAAAAGGCGGGCCUUUGCUGACAAAGAGCUGGAGAACAUCAUGCUUGAGAGAGAGUAUAAGGAAAGAGAAAUGAUGGAAGCCACCCAAGCUGCUGCCUUUUUCCUGCCUAAUCGCAUGGUGCAUGGGGCUGAAUACAACUCGUACAAAACUGCCUUUGGCCCUAAUCAGGUUGAAGCUUCUAAUAAAGAGUUUUGCAACUUCCUGCCGACCUGCCUGGAUCUAACUAUGCAGUAUUCAGGUUCAGGGAACAUGGAACUCAUCUCAUCAAAUGUGAGUGUUGCCACCACUUACAGGCAGUACCCUUUGCCUUCUAGGUUCCUAGUGUGGCCAAAGUGUGGCCCCCUUAAUGAUGCCCUUCUCUACCAGCAGUGCCUUCUCAAUGCUACUGCAGUUCAGUCCCUCAAACCUGGGGCAAUCUGGGAUUCGAAGGCUUCACAAAAUCAGGAUUGUCCAAACGCUGAGCCUGACAUGAUGUCAUCAAAGACGGGAAAUUCAUUCUUGCUUCCUCAUGUUCGAGAAAUUCAGCCACCUCAAAAUGAACUUCAGCACAUCCCUCAGGAGACCCGUGAGAAGUCAGCCUUCUCACCUCCUAAGAGGACUUUCUCACAGAUUUCCGACAAGGAUUCUCCGGCUCCUCAAGAAAGCUCUCUCAGCAAGAUAAGCAAAGAAAGCACUAAGUUGCAUUUACCAUCACCACUCAAGUAUAGUCCAUUCCAUUCAUUAUUCCAACAUGCACAACACAACAAAUCAGGGCCAGAGUUAAAAACAACAUUUGAUGAGGCAUCUAAGAAGUACAGAGAGUGUACCAUCAAAGAUAACCAAAAAUACAAAUUCACCAUAGACAGAUAUGCAAAAGACUUUUUAGGGACCAAACAAGUUGUAACAAAAUUGUCAACAAAUGAACCUCUGUCAUUUUCUGUUGAAUCGAUUCUUAAACGACCUUCUUCAGUGGUCACCAAUGUGUCUCAAUAGAUGUCGUCAUCUCCAAAUGACUUAUGUUAGUGUAUUUGCACUAAAGUUGCAAUCUUAACUAUAUUUACUAGGAAGAAAAUUCAGUGGAACUUAACUUAGAACUGGGCUGCAAGAUACUUUAUGCUCUGAUACAAAAUAUACCUGGAAGAAAGUUCCACUGAUUUUGUUGAAACAUUUCUAAGUAAAGAUGUUUAGGAUUAUAACUUCUGUUCCACUGACCUCAGUUGACCUCAGUAGGACUAAUACAUUUAAAACGCAGAUAUUCCUUUUAAGGGGAUUUGUAGAUUGGUUGGGCCUACAGUCUUUAAUGUAAAAAUGAUUGCUACAAAGUUCUGCCACAAAUGAUUGCUCUACAAAGUUGAUGCCCUUUGCCUUAUCUCACAAAAAUGUUAUAUAAAUGAAAUUGGGAUGUAAAUGGUGAUUUUAAAGUGUACAAAAAUAUGCAUGUUUUUUAAAAAUAAAAAUAAAAAUAUUUAAUUGUUUUUCAA